UUGGUCUGCCAUGCCCUCCUCUGUGGCCGUUUUUCCCUGCUUUGGCUACAGGAAGCUCGUUCCUUGGUUUCUAAGGCAACCAAGUAGGAUGACCCCCAGUGGGAGCCGGGGAAGCCUUGGGCUGCCUUUGAGCUCGUCGCUGUGCAGCAUGCAUGCUGACUUGGCUGGGAGGAGGAGCCAACUCCGCAGAGGAGCUUCUCCCGGCCCAGUGUGGGUUCUGCCGCCCCGCUUCCCCACCGUGAGACAGCACUCCAGCACUACAGCUGGUGCUCCUCUCUCCCUCUGCUGGCCACCGCGAAGCUCUGACGCACUCUGCUCCAGUAGUAACAGGAGCACAGGCGGCAAGAUGUCAUCCUCUUCCUCCUCCAGCAACGAUGGACAAGGGAAGCCUAAACCUAAAUCCCCGUUUCGCAAGAGGGGCAGCCUGCAGAGCACCACCAGCCCUGACCUGUGCAGUGCAUCAGGGCCCAAACCCCUCAAACCCCAGAGAUCCCUUCCAGGGACGCCUGUUUCUCUCACACACCAUCCAAUUGACCUGCGAACAUCUAUGGAGGAAAAGUACAAAGAGAUUGCUGAGGAGCUGUUCACACGCAGCAUGGCUGAGAGCGAGAUGCGAAGCGCUCCUUAUGAGUUCCCGGAGGACAGCCCCAUUGAACAGCUGGAAGAGCGACGGCACCGCCUAGAGAGGCAAAUCAGCCAAGACAUUAAGCUUGAGCCAGAGAUCUUGCUCCGCGCCAAACAGGACUUCAUGAAAAUCGACAGUGCGACAGACCUAGAGAUAAUGAAGGAGAAGAGUGUGGACUUCUUUGAUGGUGCCUUUAAGGAGAGGGCAUUGCCAAUGGAGAGAGAGUACCAGCGGGUCUCAAUAUCUGGAGAGGAAAAGUGUGGGGUGCCCUUCACCGACCUGGUAGAUGCUGCGAAGUGUGUGGUGAAGGCAUUAUUCAUUCGGGAGAAGUAUAUAAAUCGAUCUAUGCAGAGUUUUUGUAAGACCACAGCUCACGCCCUGCAGGAGCUUGGGAUGAAGCCGCUGGAUCUGAGAGUCUAUGAUGAUAUACCAGAGACCCCUGUAGAUGCUGAUGCCCCUGUCCACCCACCUGUUUCAGAGACACACCCCUAUGACAAUCAAGACCCCAAAAAUAUGCCGGCAGACACGGGAUAUGGUUGCCAGAUGGUGGAUGGAGUGGUCCAUGUCUACACCAAGAACAACAACAUGGACAAAGGUUCAGAACUGGACCUGCCCUACCCUGACCUGAAGGAGUAUAUUGCAGACAUGAACGUUAUGAUGGCGCUCAUUAUCAAUGGGCCAGUGAAGUCUUUCUGCUACCGCCGCCUACAAUACCUGAGCUCUAAAUUCCAGAUGCACAUCCUCCUGAAUGAGAUGAAGGAGUUGGCAGCUCAGAAGAAAGUUCCACACAGAGACUUCUACAACAUACGAAAGGUGGACACACACAUACAUGCAUCAUCCUGCAUGAAUCAGAAGCACCUGCUGCGAUUCAUCAAGAGAGCCAUGAAGAAAUACCCUGGGGAGAUCGUUCACAUUGAACGCGGCCGCGGUCAGACCCUCAAAGAUGUGUUUGAGAGCAUGAACCUCACAGCCUUUGACCUGAGCGUAGACACCCUCGACAUGCAUGCGGACCGUAACACGUUCCAUCGGUUUGACAAAUUCAACGCCAAAUACAACCCCAUUGGAGAAUCCAUCCUCAGAGAGAUCUUCAUCAAGACCGACAACUACAUUGAAGGAAAAUACUUUGCACACAUAAUCAAGGAGGUGAUGUUUGAUCUGGAGGAAAGUAAGUACCAGAACUCUGAGCUGCGUCUGUCAAUCUAUGGUCGCUCACGAGACGAAUGGGAUAAGCUGGCUCAGUGGGCCGUGAAACAUCGAGUGUACUCUGAUAAUGUGCGCUGGCUUAUCCAGGUGCCCCGUCUUUUCGAUGUGUACCACACAAAGAAGCAGCUGGCUAAUUUCCAGGAGAUGUUGGAGAAUAUCUUCAUGCCUCUGUUUGAGGCCACAAUCAACCCCCGCAGUCAUCCAGAACUGCACCUCUUCCUGGAGCAUGUGGUGGGCUUCGACAGCGUGGACGAUGAAUCUAAACCUGAGCACCACAUUUUCAAUCUCGACAGCCCGCUGCCAGCCAACUGGACAGAAGAAAACAACCCACCCUACUCCUACUACCUCUACUACACCUAUGCCAACAUGACUGUGCUCAACCACCUGCGAAGGCGGCGAGGCUUUCAUUCGUUUGUGCUGCGACCUCACUGUGGGGAGGCUGGGCCGAUCCACCACCUGGUGUCAGGUUUCAUGUUAUCAGAGAACAUCUCCCAUGGGCUGCUGCUCAGAAAGGCCCCGGUGUUGCAGUAUCUUUACUACCUGGCUCAAAUUGGCAUCGCCAUGUCACCACUAAGUAACAACAGCCUGUUCCUCAGUUACCAUCGCAACCCGCUGCCGGAGUACCUGUCCAGAGGCCUCAUGGUCUCCCUGUCCACUGAUGAUCCUCUUCAGUUCCACUUCACCAAGGAGCCUCUGAUGGAGGAGUACAGCAUUGCUACUCAGGUGUGGAAGCUAAGUUCCUGUGACAUGUGUGAGCUGGCAAGAAACAGUGUCCUCAUGAGUGGGUUUUCACACAAGGCCAAAAGCUAUUGGCUGGGUCCCAAUUAUUCCAAGGAGGGUCCCGUGAGUAAUGACAUCCGUCGUACCAACGUCCCUGAUAUCCGCGUGGCAUACCGCAGCGAGACGCUCUCUGAGGAGCUUCAACUCAUCACUCAUGCUGUGCGCACUGAAGAGCUGGACAUUAUCGAUGAGGAGGACUCUCUGUCCAUGGCCCCACUCCCGGGACAGCGCUGAAAUCACAAAGACCAGGACUUGUCCUGUAAAUCCCCGACCCUCUGGCCCCACCCAGCAUGACACUGAAGAGACGUGGGGUGAUAGUAACUCUGUCGUUCAUCCUAUAUACAGCAUAAACACCGCCAACCAUCACUAUAGAAGUAUGCCGCACACUGACAGCUACACACCAACAAAAAGCCAAGGACACGGUUCUGCCCAGAGCAGUCCAGCUUUGACGUAGUUUCAUUUAACCCAACAUUAUUGAUUAGUUUCCAAAUUUAUACUCAAUGUUUCUCCCAGCUCUUCUUUAUAACCGCUGUGAUGUGUUGAGUCUCAGUCAGCAUAAUGAAGAUUAGCAGAUGUGAGCAGCACCAGGGUUUUUUGUGAUUGAAAACCAGAGAAGCAAUGUUGUCUUUAUUUUUCAGUCAAUGCGUUUGACACUCUAUCCUGUCAGGCUAAAGCUGUCAGAUCCCUGUGAUUAACUCUGUUGUCCAGUUAUAUGUUUGAAUUCACCAGAGACAUUACAUGGCAUGUACUAUCUCUAUAGUACCUGUGUACAACAAACACUUAACAACCAGCACACUGAAACUCUCAUCACAGCCAACCGGCUGUGAACGAUGCUUAUCUUCCACUAUACAAUCCUGCUGCCUAACUUAAGUACAUCAAUUAUCUUCUAUAUACAAACUUAUGAUGAAGGAUUAUAGAUGCAGUUUUAUCGAUAGAAUACAGCGGGGACAACAAAGUCUGACAGGUUUCAUGGGAGACAUACCGUCUCAUAACAAGAGAUGAUAACUUCUUGGAGCUGGGUGUGGUUUCAGAUCAUUUAUUUGCCAAAUUGUACACACAGAAUUGUUCUUCCAUGAUUUGAAUCCGCUCAGAAAGUUAAGAUAAAAGAGAGAAACUCGCCCUCAUGAGAAGCAGACAUCCUGUGGUUGACUGAAAACAUUCCACGAAGCAAACUGUCCUUUUUUUAGCUGCAAAUGAAACAAGUUCCAGUUAGUGUUUAAAAUCACCUUGGUUUGAUGGUAUAUUUCUGUGUUAGAAGAGAUAUAUAUAUAUAUAUAGCUGAAAUGUGAAUUGUAUAGUUUAACCACAGCACAAAUACAUGUGGCUGAAUUCAGCAUUGUCCGAGGAGAACUCCCUAACCGUUACCUCACUGUAGCCAUGAAGACGUGGACCUCCUGAGGGCCCUGAUUUCACUCAUUCCUUCCCCUGCUGACAAACUAGAAGUUUUUUUUUCCCUUUGCAUGCCGUGCACUGUACAUAUGCACCAAGCCAAGAUUUCACAGUGCCUUUUCAGUUUUAGCUUUGAGCGUUGCGUAACCAGUUUUUGCCUUCACCUGCAACAUGUAUCCCAUCUCUUUUCCUCCGUCAUAUACAGUAGGCCUCCAUGCUGUUACAAUCUCCAUGCCAAUGGAGCUGAAGCCACCUAGCUGCAUGCUUGGUGUAAAAUAGCUUUUACAGUGGCCUUCAUUUGGGGAGAGAAGUUGUUCGGUUUCUAGUUCUCUACUUACAAGUGCUUUUUUUGCAUGCCUGCAUGAACAAGGGAUGGCAGGAGAGAAUGAGUUGUUUACAGCGAGCUGUAAUGUGAAGCAUUCUAACUGAUUCAGGGCUGCCGACCAGCUUUCCAGUCAUACAGUAAAUCUGUUUGAUGUGAAUAUUACAUAAACGGAUUCAAACUAUCGUUCACCAUAUAGAAAUGAGCACACCAUGCUGGGACGUGGUUAAAACUGUUGAUUGGUUCUUGUAGCAUUUAUUGUUUAACUCGCCCCAAAUCUGAUCAAAGCUGGGAUCACAUUUCAUAUUGCAUCCUCAUUGUGUUACCACAUCCUGCCACUGGACACGGUCCAACUUUCCAUCAAACUGUGAGAACUCUUCUUAAACCUAGAUGCUACUGUCGAGUAAUAUUUGAUGAUGGGGAGAGUGAAUCAGAAAAUGUCAGCCUUUAUUUGAAUAAACAACUACAUUGUAUUUAUAUAUAUAUAUAUAUAUAUAUAUAUAUAUAUAUAUAUAAAAUGUGUGUGCUUUAUAGAUUAUUAGGAUAACAGAUGAGAAGCCAUCUUAGUUCAGCAAGAAUACAGUAGCUUCUAAGUGUUCAGCAGAUGCACCUGAGUUGUGCAAACACGAACAUGGUGAAAUGUGUUUGUUGGAUUUCAUGUAUAAAGUGUAUUUUUUUAAAGGCGAUAUAGAGAUAAGAAAUUUUAUAUUCACAAUAUAUUGAUUUUCAUGGUUUAACACAUUGUUGCUGUUGGUCAUUGUGAAUUUGCAUUAUGUCAUGAACAUAGUUUUUAUUGCAGUUAGCCUUUUUAAAGCUAGAGUGCAGGACUUUGACAUAUAAAUGAACGUCCGUUACAUCCAAGCCCUCAACAAACGGGUUCACACACUGCUGAAUAAGCCAAUAACUGCCAGGUAAAUCGCAGUGUCUCGCAGUAUACCAGAUUUUUUUAAACCUGAUGUGUGUAGCGACUCUGGCGCACUGGUAGUGAUGAGUUUUAUGCCAAUAAGCAAUGAUUGGUUUGAAAGAGCUGAAAGGGGCAGUAGCAACUCAAAAUGGCAGAGCCUAUAUGUCAUCAGCGCAUGUUGAAAGUGCUGUUUAAUUACUCUCAUUGUCAGAAGGGGGAGACAAAAGUCACGCACCGCAGGUUUAAAUUGUUAAUUGGACAUUUUAGUGUGUGUUCCAUUUUUUCCUCAUACUUUGUUUUUUAUUCCUGAUUAUUCUUAGUUCAUUAUUAUUGUACAUCUAUUCCGCCCAUGAUAGAUACCUCUUACUUUAAAGCUUAAAGUUAUCGCUAUAGUCAGAAACUGACCUCUAAACACACAAAUAGUAAUCCUAAAUUUUAUGUCACAUCAAUAGAGUUGGCUUUUUCUGUUUGACUGAUUUCACCAACUGAUCUACACUGACUUGUUCAUAUCUGUCUGAUAGCAUCAGUCCACAGAUUGAAGCAUAAAAUAUAGUUACGUCUAAUUAUUGCAGCUUAAUUUUGUUGUUGGCCUUUCCUUGGUUCAGUGUUUAACAACCAGCUUGCUGACUACUUAGUAACAUGUUGCAAGGUAUUAUGGUAAUAAGUGUUUAAUGACAACAUCCCCUGUGCUGUGGUAUGUUGUCUCUGAGACAGAGAGUUAGAAUCUGGACUGACUUGAACCUUUUCCAUCCAUUCAGCUUAUUGUGUAUUUACGUCCACUUCAUGGUUUCAUGUUGUGUUUUACAGUCACCCCAACAUAGUGCAUCCUACCUCACAAAUACUUAUCUCUCUGACAAGUGUCGAGCUACUGCUCUGCGUCUCAGCUAAUGAUUGAUCUAAUGACUAUUUUUAUGAUCAACUGUUUGGUCUAUAAAAUACCAGAAAAUAUAUUGAUAUUUUCAAAUUCAGUCCAGGAACAGAAAACAUUUGCGGGGAUAUGAUGGAUGACAAAGAAAAAGCAAAAAGUUCGACAAUAUUUUGGUCAGUUUUUGUUUUUGUCCAUCAACUAAUCGAUUAAUAUUGAUUAAUUCCAGUAAAUAACUGCACAUUAGAAGUGCUUCACUAGAGAUAGAACAGCUGAGGCCAUUAAAGACAUUGUGAUUAUUUGGAUGCCAACACUAAAUAAUAUUAAAUUUCUUAUAUAUACUAUAUUCACAUAUAUCUAGUUCAGUUUCUGUAGUUAAGACGCUCAAAUCGAUUUUGUUCUGUUUGCUAACUUCACAGCACAUUCAUAGUAGUAUGCUGAUAUUCAUACGCAAUAUUUUUUUGUUCAGCCGAUAUUUUUGUCAUAAGGUAUCUUUGUUUUUACACAGUCUUGUCACUUUAUUUGACAUUUGAUUUAUAUUUUAAAUUUUGCCUUAUUUUAUCUCCAUUGAUCUGUAGCCAUAUUCUUGCCUGAAGUGGAUUGCCAGUAUUUAAUGCAUUCAGAUGCUUCUGAUAUAAAGGUUCACGUGUAAUGUCUGAACAAUAAAAUAAAGCAUGUUUAUUCACUAAA